AUGGCACGUCAAAAUUUUGUAGGAUUAGUGGUCUCUCAGGGGAAGAUGCAGAAGACGGUUAAAGUUCGAGUGGAAAGUAAAGUGUUUAACAAGAAAAUUAAUAAGGAAUUGUUUCAUAGGAAAGAUUACUUAGUUCAUGAUGAAGGUGGCAUAUCACGUGAAGGUGAUAUGGUUCGUAUUGAAUCCACUAGACCUCUUUCCAAGCAUAAGUUUUUCGCUAUUGCUGAAAUUAUUAAGAAUAGUGGUCAGAAAUUUGCUGAAUAUGAAAGUAUGGCUAAAUUAAAUGUGGCAAAAGAGGAAGCAAUGAAAUCUAAGGAGUUCUUGGAUAAAAGAGUGCAAAGAGAGAAUACUUAUAAAACGGAUAUUAAUCUACUGAAGGAUAUUAAGACUAUUCAAAAGGCAUUGGCCCAAGGUGAAAGUAAAUCUAAUGAAGACUUGCUUCAAGUUAAAAAAAGGUAUGGAAUUCAAGACUUUACGCAGGAUUCCAUUAGACAAUUACUGAAAUUAGAUAUAACAGAAUUGGAAAAGAAUAUUGAAACUCAACAGUCUAACCUUGAAACAUUACAAACAAAACUUAGCGAAUAUUUAGCGAACGAUGAAGAGGCGACUUCUUUCUUGGAAAGUCAUGGCGUUAGUAAUCCAAGUGAACUGCAAAGGAAUAUCAAAAAGAAUUUAUUGAGGAAACAUUUGCUGCAGGAUUUACAACUUUCUACUUGA